AAUUCAGCCUCCGUAUUCGCACUACGAGCUCUCCCGCGGAACGUUCAUCGGUUUUGCGCGGUAAUUGUAAAUACGCACCGUUCUGCUCGCGCUAAGAAGAUCGCAAACUGCGAUCUGCAUUAUACUUCACUUAUUACACCGUGAAUAAGUCGCAGUAAUUGGAAAUUAUUGCAAUACCGUGGAGAGGACAACUGCGUAGUUGCUUCUUCGACCGAUAGAAAUUGAUCCUGAAACUUGAGAAUCAGACUUCGCGAAGUGUUCACGAAUAAUGUCUCUCGCAUUAUUUCUGUUCUGCUUAAUCGGCAUCUCUUUCAUACAAUGCGAACAGUUGCACGACUAUAUGACGAAGGACGAAGUGAUGUCCGUCUUUCACACACCGCAUCAUCUUGUCCCCGAAUAUGAGGUAGUGCCAGUACUGCAUCGUUUAACGAAUGAAGAAGAUCCGAAUGAAGGAUCCGAGGUUAAACUGAGUGCAUUCCGGGAAAAUCUCGAGCUGUACUUGCAUCCCACGGAAGGUAUUCUCGCCAGUAGAAAUACUCCCGUAUGGACCGUGAAGUCUGAUCCGCGAUCACCCGAAGGAAUGAAGUACAAUAAAGUACCUGGGGCUAUGGACUCUGUAGGAGUACCGUACCAAGACGUACAAGGAGCAACCGCCGUUUUACUAUCUCCCUCUCCUAACGGACGAAUACACGUGGACGGAGUGCUUAAUAAUACUUACGUUAUAAAAUCCUUGCCGGCAAGAGUUCUGGAAAAGGUUGCAUAUGGCGGUCGUAAACUCCUCGAGCCACAUCACACGAAAAACGUAACAAACGACGACGAUUUCGCUUACACGCAUCACCACAUCGUGUACAAAAUACCACCGAUGAAGGGAAAUCAAUACAAAGACUUCAAAAUACCGGAAUCUCUGCGCGGCAGAGCGAAACGUGCUGCACCGGAAGUUAUUUAUCCUAAGAUCCUGAUAAUAAUAGAUUCUAGGGAGUAUAGAAUUCUCGGCGAGCGUAUCGAUCUAGCCAUAAAUUAUCUCCUCGCAUUUUGGAACGGAGUCGAUUUGAGAUAUCGUUUAUUAACGAAUCCCAGAAUGCUGUUCAACAUCGCGGGAAUAAUUAUAGCCCUGGAUGACAACGCACUUUCGUGUUUGGAGGACAGUCGCGUCGAUAGUACGAUGGUGGAUGCAGAUCGCUCUUUGCGUUGCAUGGGGAGGUAUUUGUAUCGUGAGGAGAGGUUGCCGAGCUAUUUUUAUGACAUGGCAAUCGUCUUGACGCAGUUGGACAUGUGCAAUAUGUGGGGCGAGACUUACUGCGAUCCGGGUACUUUGGGUUAUGCGUUCGUCGCUGGCGCGUGCGAUAGAAAUGAAACGAGACAAUUGUCCGAGGCGGUGGGGAUCGUAGAGGAUAACGGUGGCUUCAGUGGUAUCAUCCCCACGGCUCACGAGAUUGGUCACUUGAUAGGAGCGCGUCAUGACGGUAACCUGAAAGACGCCGGAGAUUGCGCGCCGCACGAGGGCUUCAUUAUGACCGACGGACUGAUGUUGCAUGAAAACGGAUUCGAAUGGUCCACGUGUAGUAUAGACGCCUUCUACAGGUUUAUCAACGAGGACAGAGCGAAAUGUCUUUACACCGAGCCUGUGUCAGGCGAACAAGUGGCACGUGUUUUGCCCGGGAAAUUGAUGUCUUUAGAUGAGCAAUGUAAUAUGGUUACUGGAACAUCGGCGUGUAAUAGAGACGAUUCGGUCUGUACUCGUCUGGAAUGCAAGCAUGCUGACCACCCAAAUUUUUGCAGGGCAGCGGCUCCGGCAGCGGAAGGCUCUCCUUGCGGAGAAGACUUAAUUUGUUUAAAUGGCAAAUGCGUGAUGGAAGGAAUACUGACUAAAAACCAAGGAAAGAAAGAAAUGGAAGAAAAAGAAUUAACGGAAGAAGAACGCAAACAUCUCCCGGUUCUCAAGAAGCAAGAAAUCAAAUUAGCUCCGUGGAUAGUAGGCAAGCUCAAACAAAAACUUCAAGAUGUAAGGAACAAAAUAUUUCGUAAGAAGAAAUUUCUUAAAUUUUAAAAACCAAUAACUAAAUUCUGCAUUACUACAGGAACGAUGUAAAUGUGUAAAUAAGAGAUAAAGUGAUUUCGGUACACACUAUUUUGUCCAAAAUAUGCUAUAUUUUAUUCUACCUGUAUAAAAUUUUAUCAUUUUUGUUUAUCUAUCUAGUAUCUUACAUAUGCAAAUACGAAAAAUUUUGUGUGCAUGUGUAAUUUACAUAAUAAUACUAAAUUAUUGUAAAUCUCAUUAUAUAAAGUUAAAGGAAUCAUAUUCUUCAUAUUCUUUUCACUUAAAUGUACAUGAAAAAUUGUACAUAAAAAAUUGUAUAUGAAAAAUAGUACAUAAAAAAUUGUACAUGAAAAAAUAUUAGAGAAAAGAUGAUGGUUCUAAUUUAUGGACAUUGAUUGGUUUACUUAUUAGUAGUCUACAACUGUACAUUUAUAAAAAAUAAAAAAACAAUUAUGAACACAAAA